AUGAAAGCUGUCGUAUUAUGGCUCUUGAUAGCCAUCCAGAUUGCUGGAGCCCAGAAAGAUUAUCCAGUGAGUUAUUUAUGAACUUCUUUUUGAUAAUUUUCUCAGGCGACAUUUCGAAAUUGGGUUGGAAAGGCAGACGCGGAAAUCUCUGCGGUUGAGCCUUCGAAAGGAUGCACAACAAAUGGAGAGUGUGGCCAGAAUCAGUUCUGUGAUUUUGUCUUCGCCAAUGGAAAAAAAGAGCAACGACAACGGUGUUUCAACGGUUAGUCUACACUCUCUUUUUGAGAUCAGAGAGCUCUUUCAGUACCCGCUAUAGUCGGUGAGGUUAAAAUCGGUGCGGCAACCGAGAAAGGCUUGAAACUUUGUUCUUCGCUGAAGGAUUGUGACGAGCCUGAUGCCUGCUACCCUCUGGCCCAAGAAGUUCAUGACCCCGCGACAAACAACCUUUUCAAGGGCGUUUGUUCGAAAAGUAGUAUAUUUCAUCGAAAAAUUUACUCAAGAUUGCUUUUCACAGUUGUUGUCACUGAGGAUCCUGGAGAAAUCCUGGGAGAGCCUUGUGAAGAGCCAGAGAACUGCACGGUAGCCCAAUUCAGAGAGAACAAAAUAAAUUAUGGAGUGUGAGUCUCUGAUGUCCGAGAAGAAAGAAAUCAAUUCAGUGAAUUAAUUUUCGAGAAGAUCCAUGAAAAUGGGCUAUAUUGAGGACUUGAGCCCUUAUUUCUCGAAAAAUAGGAAGUUUUGCAAGUUGAGACUCUCAGGAUCUUUUUCUGGUACUUCAAGAAGUGUUCAGGCCAAUUUUCAGAAAACUCCCAAACACAAAGAAAAAUGAGCUCCGUGUGAGAUCAAAUCAAUAAGAUUAUUAUUUUUUCCUAGCCGGGAUUGGUUUCAAAAAACUGAAAAAAGUGAUCAAGAUGUUGAAAUAACUUUCCGAAUCAGUUUAUGUAACCAUAGUCAAUCUUUCUUCUUUGAAAGCCGAUAUUGCCCUUAAAAAAUCAGUUGACGUCAUCUACUUCGAUUUUCAAAAAGCAUUUGAUCAAGUCUCUCACGACCUCCUUUUGCUUAAACUAAAAAAUUUCGGGUUUGAUCAAACGCUUUGCAACUGGUAUAAAUCUUUUAUUACGGGUCGCGAAUAUUUUUUCAAAGUUAAUGACUCAUUGUCUACUUCUUCUUUUCCUAUACCAAGUGGAGUCCUUCAAGGUACUGUUUCUGGCCCUCUCCUCUUCCUUAUUUUUUUAUAAACGAUAUUUUUUUCAUCAUUUUAAUUCCAAUGUUAAAAGCUGUACUGUUCGCCGAUGAUAUCAAAAUUUUUGGUUGUUCUCCGUCCCAUAAUCAACAAGCUAUCGACGAAACUAUUGAAUGGUCCUCUCUUUGGGGGCUUCCCAUCGCUCCUGAAAAGUCAUUUGCUCUUUAUCUUGGUCCUAGAAACCCCAAAAAUGUCUACUUUUUCGGCUCUAACAUCAUUCCUGCGACUCAAUCUACUAAGGAUCUUGGUGUAAUUAUCGAUGACAAAUUGUCCUUUUCUAAUCAUAUUCAUAAAGUCUCCGCUUUAGCCCUUCUGAGAUCCAAACAACUGUUAAAUUCUUUUCGUUUUCUCUCACCGUCCUUAUAUUUUAAACUUUAUAAUUGCUAUGUUCGUCCAAUUUUAGAAUACUGUUCUGAGGUUUUCAACCCUCCUCUAAACUCUGAUCUAUUUUAUAAACUAGAAAGUUCCUUACGUUUCUUUUUCUCGAGAAGUUUUUUUAUUAGAUGCAAUCUUAGCUUCACUUCAUACCAUGACAGAUUAACUCAAGUCAAUGUUCUUCCGCUUUUUCAACGUCGUCUUCUUCUUGAUAUUUUCUCUCUCCAUAAAAUUGUUUUAAAAAUUGAUCACUUUCCAUCAAUUGACAACUUUAUUGCCUUCUCUCGGCUAGGUAGACAUCCACUUCGGUUACAAACUAGGGGUUCAUUAUCAGAUAACUUCUUUUCGCGUCAUAUAACUCUUUGAAACAUAUUAAUAACCAAAUUAAAUUUUUUUCGUGCCACCCCAAAAACUUUAAAAAGAUAAAUUAUCUAGGAUAGCUGUUAGCGAACUUAUUAUCAACAUCCGCAAUCGUCUUUUUAUAGUUUAUCUUUUUGUUCUUCUCUUUUUGCGAACGGUCGCCAUGCUGCUCGUUAGGGCACCAUAUGACCUUCUUAUCUUUGUUGUCUGUCCAAUGUUAUAUUAUUUCCUUUCUAUCUGUACCUUAAUUAUUUGCGUUGUUCUGACAAUAAAGAAAUGAAUAUAGUCUGUGUGCCACGACUUGAAAUUUCACGGAACGAUAUUCCGCUGUUCCGCUGCGUGUGUUCGCGAAGCGUCUUUCCAAUCUAGGUCACGCUUUCAAUUGGUUUUUAUUGCUGUGGGAGCACAUGAAAAUAGAGUACCUUGAUCAAAGAAAAAUUAAAAAUUGAAAGCGCGACCAAGGUUCGAAAAGGCGCGCCGCGGCACAGCGGAAUGUUCUGUGAAUUUCCAAGUCGUUGUACACAGACUAUAAAUAAUCUAUAAUCUGAAGUAAACGAUUCAAAUUUCAGUAGAGGCUGUAAAAAAUUCGACGCAAACGUUUUCAUCUCCCAAGGCCGAGGAGUAUGUCUUCAAGGUUGAAGGAGAAACUCCUUCUUGAACAUUAUUUUUUUUGCAGCAAAGCUUUAUUGUCCGAGCAAACUGAGGGCGGGUCAACCGAACUAUGAUGUGUACGAAAUUUGUAUCGUGGAAUCCGAAAUAAUAGAAAACAGUGAUGUGGGAACAAUUUGUUGUCGUGAGUAUAACCUGGAAAAUUCGAAGUUUCAACUUUUUUUUUUCAGCUAUUCCGCUCUCAGAUACCGUAUACUGGGGUGACGUUGGUCGCUCAAAUAAGAUUCCGCGAGGAUAUGAAGAAAAUAACGGCACCGGCAGGCUCUGCGAGAAGAGCAAAUCUUGCGAAGCCGACGAAUUUUGCGACGACUCUUUGAACUUUUUCAACGGUGUUGGAGCCAAGGAUGAUUCUGGACCCAACGGAGCUCCGUUGCGUUUUUGUUACUCAGGUUGAACGGUAAAAAUGAGAAUUUGCUUCUCACCUUAAUUGCAGUUCCAUUCGAAGAAUUCAUUACGUAUGAAAAUAAUGAAAAGAAGUUUUGUUCGAAAAACCGCCACUGUGGUCGAGGCGCUAUGUGUGAAGAGAUUGCCUUGUACGAAAAUUCCCCAAAGCCAUUCAUUGGCUUUUGUGUGAAAGGUUCUUGAAAAACAAAAAUGCAUGAUUUCAAGAAAAAGGAGAAACAUGAGAGAUCUGCAAUCAGAGGGUCCUGAAGAACACUUCAGCAAAGUUUCAGCAAAGAUUUCAAGUAAAAAACGUUCCCUGAUUAGGAAAAAGGAGAAACAUGAGAGAACGCCUCAAAAUUUUCGAGACAGUCCCGUGUAACCAAACAGCAUGCGAGAACAUGAUCUAGUUCAAAAAUUGUUUCCUAAUUCACAUGAUAAUGUCCUGACUUUCCACCUUGUGAUAAAAAGUUGAACUGAAAGACAUUUUUGAUUUGAUUUUUCUUCUUCUUCUUCCUACGCCUUUGUACCGCUUGAGCGGCGUCGGCGCCCCAAGUCGAUUAGCCGAGGUCCUAUCCUGAUAAUCAGUGGAUUUGAUUUAUCGAAUUGUUUUAAAUCGCUAUAAAUUUGUAGACGACGGCACAGCGCCGGCUUUUGAAUCGACAACAGAACAAGAACCGACAACAGAACAAGGACCAUCAGAACAAGAGCCUCCAGUACAAGAGCCAGCAGACUCAGAAAAGAACGAUUUGACGGAUACAACUGUUAUGGAUGACGAGGAAAACCACACCGCUACCGUUAUUUUCGCCAGCUUCUCCGAAUUCUGCUUUUUAAUCAUAAUAUCAACUCUUAAGAUGUGGGCAUAAAUAUUGAACAAUCAAUUUUUUUUUUCAAUGAAUCUUUUUCCAGCAAGAUAUUCUGGCUAUUUUAAUCUUAGAAAAAAAUAACUUAAGGUCUUCUGAAGUUCUGAAAUUACCUCACUAGAAUACAUAUCAACUUAUGAAUCCUUUCAAAAGAACGAGGAAUAUUCGGUAUCAGAUUGUCAAGAAACGGAUUCGUUCUUUGAUGCUCUCAAUUCGAUAAGUGGAUAUAUAUUCUAUUGAGGUAGUGAGGUGAGGACGUUCGAAAACAGGAAAAAGUGCAAUUUGACUCCGAAAAACGGCUCCUGCAACAUUUAAAAGCGUGCAUCGGUGUGUUUGACGCAAACACAGCUACGGACACUUGCACGAAUUCUUCCGAAAUUUCAAAACCAUUUUUUUAAAGUUUUUCAAAGCCGUUUUUCGCGUCGUUAGAUUUUUUUCCCGAUUAGAAAAAGAAAAAAAUAAGUUAAAAAUUCCCUUUGACUUUACUUCUAGGUAGUUUUUUUGAUAUUUUAUCAAAGAUUUUUUUAUGAUAGUUGUACAAAAGAUUCAUGUCAAAACAUUGACCUCAGUUCAGACAACCUCUCAGAACAGAAAACCAAUUCGAAAACGGUUCAGAAAAGCGCAAAAUGAGUUAAAAAGAGAGCGUGAGGCAACGGGGUAAACCGUGAGAUUUUGCCUCCAGUUGUACGCCGCGCGCAAUCGUUUUUUGGCAAUAUCUUUUUUUCUUAGUGGACCUUAUUUCAAAAAAAUUAAACGGAUUAUGAAAAUAGGCAGUCCCUCUCUAUCGAAUAGGGGGAAAAAAUAUUUUUUUGCAUAGUUUUGAAGAAAUGGCUUGCGGUAUCUAGAUAGAACAAUUUUUUUGAGCUGCCGUCAUCGAAACUAGCCAGCGCAGAGGUUUUGAAAAAAAUUGAGCAGAAUAAAGAUAAGAAAAGAUUUUAUCGUCGAACUAUUUUUCGUGAGUAAAGAUUGCGGAAUUUGAAAUGAAACAUUUAUUUUCUUUUUUUAACGUAAAAAAAUUCAGAACCUAAAAAAAUCAUACAAACAAUGAGAAUAAGAAAUGAAAAUGGCAAAGAAGAAAAAUAACUUCAAGUGCUAUUGUUAAAAAAAGAAAAAAAGAAAAAAAUAAAAUCCGACUCACGAGUGAUUUCCAUCAGAUGAAUGGACAUUGCUUGCAUCAGAGUCCACGAGGAAAAACCUCUCUCUGAUGAUUAGGUCUACAAGCCUGUUGCUGAUGAUAGCCAUCCAGAUGGCUGGAGCCAUCAACGAUGGGUGUCCUGUGAGCCGUCGCUCUUAUUCUUCCCAAUUUCAUUCUGUCUCAGGCCGACUACGCUCCAACGCUGCUGAGAACCUGUCAAGAUACAUCGGGAUCAACUUGUAGUGGGAACGAUUAUUUUUGCCAAAAAAAUACGUGCUGCGCAUGUAAGUUGACAUUUCCUCAGUGAUAUUUUACAGAGUAAACAAGUUUGACAGAAGGCAGUCAUACCUCCAAGACAUGGUAUUUGUGAACAGAAAUAGUUUUCUAAUUACAGUCCGGCCAUCCUCUUCCACGUUCCAACAAUGGCUAGGAAGUGCAGACGAAGAGGUCAUCGCACAGGAACCACUAGAAGAGUGCAAAAAAAAUGGCGAUUGCGGGAAUGGGCAGUUUUGCGAUAUGGUAUUCAGUUCAACGGGAAAAACUGGAAAGAAGCCAUAUACAAACAACAGAAGUCAGCUACGUAAACUAUGUUUCAAUGGUCUGUUUUUGAUUAUGCUAAAUAUUCAAUUGGAUUUUUAUGAAAAGCCUGAAUUUCGAGAUUACGCUUUUGAUUUUUAUUACCUCAGGAUGUGAAGGCCCCUGAAGAAAAAAAGUCGACCAAGAUGGUAUGUCUCAAAAAGGAAUAUUGUGAAUAUAAUACCAAAUUGCAGAACACGAAAUGA